AUGAAAGGGUUGAAUCAAUUCAUCGUAGAUAUCCGCAAUUCCAAAGAUAUCGAAGAAGAAAAGAAGCGAAUCAAUUUGGAGCUUAAUAACAUUCAGUCCAAAUUCAACUCCAACAUCAACAGCUACCAGAAGAAAAAGUAUGUCUGCAAGUUGAUCUACAUCUACUUGAGUGGCUAUGCAGAUUCAGUCGAUUUUGGUUUAAAGGAGUCUUUCCAGCUUGUGUGCUCCUCCAGCCAUUCCGAAAAGCAGUUGGGCUAUUUGGCACUUCUGGUUCUCAUCAAUAACGACAAAUCCACGCAAUCCACGCGUGACUUCUUGGACUCUUUGUUGGACCAAGUGCAUCUGUAUUUGAUCAAGGAUCUUCAAUCGUCCAACGAAGACACGAACUGUCUUGCUGUUCAAUUCAUUGCUUCCAACUUCAACUUACCAGAAUCCACGACUGUCAGAGUUAACGAAGCUGACGAGUCGGCUCCAAAAUGGUUGGAGUUGAUAGAUAUCGUCUACUCGUUUGUCACGUCUCCUAUCCACAAGUCUGUUAUCAAAAAGAAAGCAGCUAUUGCAUUGUACUCCUUGUUGAAGUUAUAUCCCCAGGUUUUGAUCUCUAACAACAACUGGAUUCCUAGAUUGCUAUCUCUUGCUGACGACAAGGAUUACGGCGUAUCCAUUGCCAGCAUCCCCUUGAUACAAUUCGUAGUCAAGCUGAAGCCUCAGUUUGUGAAAGCGAUUAUUCCGGCUAUCUCUUUGAAAUUGUACAAUAUCAUCAUAGAGAAUAAGUGUCCAGAAGAAUACUACUAUUACAAGUCCCCAGCUCCUUGGUUGGUAGUCAAGCUCUUACAGUUGAUAGAAUACUUCUUUUUCUUGAGUGACACAAACGACUACGCUGUUUUGUCAAUAGCGGAUUUAGACGAACAAACUCUUAACAACUUGAGACUGGUGGUAGCCCAAUCGAUUCAAAAUGCAUCUCAGCCUAUAAAGGGUUUGCCCAAUAGAAACUCGCAAAGUUCAACCUUGUUUCAAGCAGUGUCGUUGGCAGUUUUCUUGGACGCCUCUUCAGAUGCCAUCAAUGGAGCUAUCAAUGCUCUUAUGAUGUUGCUUACUUCAAACGAGACAAAUACAAGAUACCUUGCUCUAGACGCUCUCAUCAAACUCACAGCAAGACUGACUUCAAACAAUUUGUCAGCUUCACCCUCCAUCGACGAAAAGUACACCAAGAUAUUCAAAUUAUUGUAUGACAGAGACAUUUCUGUUAGAAGAAAGUCGUUGGACUUACUCUACACCAUUACUAAUGCUUCGAGUUACAGUAUGGUUAUAACUAAAUUGCUAGACUACUUUCCUUUAUGUGACUUCACCUUAAAACCCGAAUUGGCUAUUAAAAUCGCCGUUUUGGCCGAAAAAUUUGCUACAGACUCCACCUGGUAUGUCACCACCAUGUUGAAAUUAUUAUCCAUUAGUGGAGGCGUCAAUUCCAAUGGAACGAAUUACAUUGGGAAUGAAGUAUGGGAGAGGAUUGUUCAGAUUAUCGUCAACAACGAAGACUUACAAAAGAAAACAUCAAAAUUGAUUAUUAACUUAUUGAAAAAACCAUUUUCUUCUACUGACAACACUCCAAUUGCUCUUUCUGAAAAUCUUAUUAAAGUAGCCGCUUUUGUACUUGGGGAAUAUGGAGACCAAGUUACUUAUAUGUCUGAACUUAGUACCAAAUUACAGUUUCAUUUGCUUUAUGAUGCCUACUUUAAGGUGUCUUUGACUACAAGGGCCAUGUUGUUAACAACUUUCUUAAAGUUCUUCGUUAAGUAUCCAGAUGAAGAUUUCAUUCCUGAAAUUAUGGAUUUAUUUGAGAUUGAAGAACUUUCAUUGGAUUUAGAAAUACAGACCAGAGCUCAUGAAUAUCUUACAUUGGCUACGCAUAAGUAUAGUCAGCAACUUUUCAAAGAAGUUUUGAAACCAAUGCCUAUUUUUGUUAAGAAAGAAAGUCAUUUGAUGGACAGAAUAGGCAGUGUUAGUCACAUUGUAGGUGUUAACAGAUCCAAGUCACUAGUUUUAGCUAAAAACAUUAGCAGUAACAAGUCAAAAGCAGCUAGAGGAAUUGAUUCUAGUCCUAUUCUUGACGAGAACUCUGAUGGAUCGAAUCCAUUUGAAGAAGAAUCGAAGCCAGUUGUUCUUUCUCCCAACUGGUAUUCAGGCUACCACAGAAUGUUGCAUUACGAUGCAGGUAUCUUUUAUGAAGAUCAGCUCAUCAAGAUCACUUAUAGAGUUAUCAAGGAAGGCUGUGCCUUGACAUUAAAACUUACGAUCAUCAACAAUUCUGCCAAAACUGCAGGUACAGAUAUUACAGGGUUAACAGUAUUGAAUCUAGAGAGUUUAACUGAUGACCAUGACCCAAAUUACGUUCUCAACUUAAAGCAACUCCCUGAAUCCACAUUUCACGAUAAAGCCAACAUGGAGAUCUCAGUCAAAAUAAGAAACGUAGUGGAAAACCACGAGAGUCCAAUCUUAUCGAUCACAUUCAUGUGUGGUGGAUCAUUUAACACCCUAAAUUUGAAGUUCCCUGUAUUAUUGUUGAAGACAUUAACUUCAACGGCCUUAAACGGGUUGGAUGAAUUCAACAGACGUUGGGCUCAAAUCGGAGAGUUAUUGGGCCCUCAAGGAGAGUCUUCACAAGCUGUCAAUCUUACUCACAGGUACAACUCUUCAAAUAUAGUUAGACUUUUGUCCAGAUUAGGCUUUGCAGUCGUACAUGCAACACUGGAUGAAACCGAUAACACUAUUCUAGUGAUGGGCGCAGGUAUCUUGCAUACGCAGAAGACUAACUACGGGGUUUUGGCUACAUUGAAAAGUACAGAUCAAGUGGGAAAAGAGUUUGAGGUUGCAAUCAGAUGUUCAGGCGGGGGAGUUGCCGAGGUUGUGGCUAUUACGAUGAAGGAGAUUUUAGAAGGGAAGUUCUGA